AUGGACCUCGAGCCAGAUUCGACGUCCAUCACCGUAGCGAGGGAGGUGGUAGCAGCGAACGAUGAGAACCUGCUACCACGAAGGGUCCGCGAAAUCUCGACUGAACCAGACGCACCAAGAGAUUACCGAAGAUGCGAUCGAGCGAGCGACCGAGACUGCUGGCAGUGGCCGGCGGACGACGACCACGCGAGCCGCAAUACUGGCCAAGGAACGCGCGAACCCAUAGAGGAUGACGACAAAGGACUGCUCCUGGCGAUGGGCAAGCAGAUCGAAGAGCUACACGUAGCGAUCAAGAUCAUGUUCGAUGCGUGGAAGAAGUCAGAAACCUUGAACCAGAACUUGGAGGCAGAGCUUCGCGUGGUCACCACAGAGCUGCAAACAGUUAAGAGCGAGCUACAAGCCGUCAAAGGAGAGCUACAAGCGAUGAAAGAACGCGUGGAGGACGGAAGCGCUUAG